AUGCUUCGAUUGCGCAGAUACCGUAUCUUCGUCGCCUUCGCUAUACUCACAGUCCUCGCUUUUUAUAAGUUCAGCGGCGCACGCAACUGGAACGCUGCAUCUGCCCUAGCCCCCGACUCCCUCAAACAUGGCGCCGAGAACCUCAAGGAGCAGAUUGGUCUCAAGCCAGAACCCGAGACCGUUGAGCGCAUAAAGCCGCCGGCACCAGAGAGCGAUCCUCUAGACAUCAAACAUCCCGUAGCGGAACAUACUCAGACAAAGGUUGCCCCUCCGCCGGGGCAGUCACCCAAGGAACCCGCCCAGAGUAUACCUAUCUCCUCCGAAGCACCGAAGCCGCUAUCAGCCGCUACACCGCUCUCAGCGGCUACACCACCUGCACAACCCGACGACGAUGUUUCCACUAUACCACCCGCCGCGCGCCCAAACCCCCACUUCGCCGACGCUCCUGUUGAGGGCGUUGGGGAAGGCAGACUUGAGGUUGAGCCCACACCAAACGUCGUGCCCAUAUACUGGGAGAGACAGGAAGAGCACUUUCCUGUGACGAGCACUAUCCAGCUCCCCUUAGGCACGCCCAAAGCUAUACCAAAGAUACAACACUCGUUCAAACAGCUGUCCGGGCCAGAAGAGGAGGACCGCAAAGGCAAGCUCGCAGUCAUCACGGACGCAUUCAGACACGCAUGGUCAGGCUACAAGUCAAAGGCAUGGAUGAAAGACGAGCUCUCGCCCGUGUCUGGAGGCUACAAGGAUCCGUUUGGCGGGUGGGGCGCGACGCUGGUCGAUUCGCUGGACACGUUAUGGAUUAUGGGCAUGAAGGACGAGUUUGAGGAUGCGAUCAAAGCGGUGGAGAAGAUCGAGUUCACGACAACCCCGAGGCCUGAUAUUCCCGUUUUUGAGACGACGAUUAGGUAUUUGGGAGGGCUGCUGGCGGCCUACGAUGUGAGCGACGGAAAAUACAGGAGCCUGCUGGAUAAGGCGGUGGAGUUGGCAGAGGUGCUGAUGGGGGCGUUUGAUACGCCUAAUCGGAUGCCGAUCACGUUCUACUAUUGGAGACCACAACACGCGUCCCAAUCACUUCGCGCCCAGACGCGUGUCGUGCUUGCUGAGCUAGGCUCGCUCUCGCUGGAAUUCACAAGACUUGCGCAAAUCACCAAAGAACCGAAAUACUACGAUGCUGUCGCUCGGAUAACGGACGCAUUAGAAGAGUUUCAGAACCGGUCUAGGCUGCCAGGGAUGUGGCCCACCUAUGUUGAUGCAUCGGGAUGCCAGAGACCGGAGGUUCAGUUGCCAAAUAACAUCCCGGGCCAUUUAUCAGGAGUGCCGGGAGUCAAUGGCCGACCGUUGAUACCAGGCCAGACCGAACCACACCGUCCUAUCUCCGACGAGCCCGAAGAUACGGCGCCGGUCGAGGAUGUCUACCCCGUCGCCAAGGGAGCCGAGAUUGACGGUGGGGGUGAAGAUAGCGUUGCAUCGUCUGAUCUCAACAAGCGCCAACUAGAGUCGCAGCCCGAACAGCCCAUCGUGGACGAGCCCCUCUGCAUUUCGCAAGGCCUGGAGUCCUCCUCCGGAUUGGCAAGCGAGCAGUACACCCUCGGCGGCAUGGCAGACUCCACAUACGAGUAUCUGCCCAAGAUGUGGCUCCUUCUUGGCGGCAGAGAAGACAAGUACAGAACAAUGUACGAAAAAGCCAUCGAGGUCGUCAAGGAGAAACUCCUCUUCCGGCCAAUGACACCCGACGGCGAUGAUAUUCUAUUUUCCGGCUCCUACAAUACGGGUUAUCAGCCAGGAGCAGGAGAGAAGCCGGCCCCAUGGCUCGAUGCGGAGGGCGGGCAUCUGACGUGCUUCGCCGGCGGCAUGUUUGCGCUCGGCGCCAAGAUCUUCGAGCGUGAGGAGGACCUCGACAUCGCGGCCAAGCUUACCGAGGGUUGCAUCUGGGCGUACAACGCGACGAACUCGGGGAUCAUGCCGGAGCAGCUCUUCAUGAUGCCAUGUGAGGACCGGAAGAGCUGCCAAUGGAACGAGACGAAGUGGUGGGAGAUUCUGGAUCCGUUCGAGGAAUCGAGGAUAAAUGCGUACAAGGGGCAGCUGGCGUACUACGAGCAGAGGGUCAAGCAAGCUGCGCUUGAUAUGAAGGCGGAAAAGACGGCCGAGGUUGGCGGGGUGGAAAGUACGGCCGCUGUCCCAAACCCCCCGGUUUCGCGUGAAGAGUACGUCAAGUCCCGCAUCGCAGAGGAGCGCCUUCCCAAGGGAUUCGUCCAAAUCCCAGCGCGGAAGUACAUCCUUAGACCCGAAGCAAUCGAAUCCGUCUUCUACAUGUACCGCAUAACCGGUUCCCCGCACUGGCGGGAAGCAGGCUGGCGCAUGUUCAAAGCGAUCCAAGGCGCAACGCGGACGGAGUUUGGCAACAGCGCCAUCGACGAUGUUACGAAGGCGCAUCCGGAGCUUGCGGACACGAUGGAGAGCUUCUGGCUCGCGGAGACGCUCAAGUAUUUUUGGCUGCUGUUUGCGGAUGAAGGGGAGGUGGACUUGGAUCGGUGGGUGUUGAAUACGGAGGCGCAUCCUUUUAGGCGGCCGAGAGAUUAA